AUGUGUGCUCCCGAUAAGCCCUAUCACCAAUAUUGCCGGAAACAUGGAAAGGCCAUUAAAUCGACCACCACCUCAGUUGAAAGUCGGAGCUGCUGGAGAACGGACAAGAAAAUGACAGACCACAGAUGGAUGCACUUUAGCCACGGCAGCGUGCCGCCAAACGCCGUGGUGGCCGGUCACGAUUCGGACGGGGACACCAUCUACGUGGGCCGCGCCUUCUUCCACAACGACAUGCUGCCGGCGAAGGUGAUCCCCAACAAGGGCAAGGCCUACGUGGCCUACGCCCGGGAGGAGCACGAGCUGGAGAACUACGAGGUGCUCUCCGGAUACAACUACGAGUGGCUGCCGGCGGAGAACGGCGAGGUGCCGCCGAGCGCCGUCAAGGUGGGUCGCAAUGUGGACGGGGAGUACCUGUACGCGGGCAGGGGCUACCAUGCCGGCAGCCUGACCAUGGGCAAGGUGCAUCCCUCCCAUGGCUGCCUGUACAUCCCCUACGACUCCGAUGAGGUGAAGAUCUUUGGCUACGAGGUGCUCAGCCAGCCGGAGCGUUGGAUCGACACCACAGCAACGGAUAUCCCUGAUGGCGCUCUGGUGGCGGGACACGAUUCGAAUGGGGACACCAUCUACGUGGGCAGGGUCUUCCGGAACGGGGAUCUGCUGCCCGCCAAGGUGGUGCCGGCGAAGGGCAAGGCCUAUGCCGCCUACGCCCAGGCGGAGCACGAGCUCACCGAUGUCCAGGUGCUCACCGGAUCGGGCUUCCGAUGGGUGCCGGCCUCCCAUGGCAACGUGGCUCCCGGAGCCCUGUCCUCCGGCCCGAAUGUGGACGGGGAGCCGCUCUACGUCGGCAGGGCCAUCUACUGCGACAGCCUGAGUGUGGGCAAGAUCCAUCCCUCGCACGGCUGCAUCUACAUCCCCUUCGGCGGCGAGGAGGUGCGUCUGGAGAACUACGAGGUUCUGGUGAGGAUCUGAGCGGGCACAUAACCGUCCUUCCUUUUUUUUCAAUUAUUUUUUUGUACCCCAGAAUAAACAUAUAUCAAAAAUCGCAAAAAAAAAAAAAGAAAAGCCAUUUUGACAAAACAAACAAACGUUUAUUUUCAUAAAGAAAACCAAUCUACCUCCAUUAUAAAUAUAAAAAAAAUAAUAUCAAAACUAAUAUCAAACAUUUUUGUACACAAAUGAAAAUGUUGUUGGUUGAAUAUACCAACUUUAUGAGUUAUUUACAGUGUUUUCACGGUAACAAGAAAUUUGUUGUUGCAGUUUGUUUGGUUCUAACUAGAACUAAUCACAUAAGUUAUUAAAAUAGCUUGGUUUGGAUUUGUUUGGUAUUAAGUAUGUUAUUUAACAUUUUUGUAAUUUUUUGAAAUUAAACAUUUUUGUCUCGAACAUUUGCGUACUGUAAUCAUCACUAGAAAAAAAUGUCAAAAUGGUAAAAUUUCGGCAAAACGGUAACUU